GGUCACACUGAGUUCAAGUCAAAUUGGCAAAAAUUAAACAAAAUUUGUCGAAUCGAAUUGCACUGACAGUGCACAAUUUAGAGGACAAAUUUAUCCAGCGAUCUGCUAUCCGAGUGCCGGUUAAUGCGUUUACUGCACUGCGCUCAGGCCCUACGCAGAUUUGUAUCCCGCAGCUACAGCAGCCGCAUCGGAAAGAUGGCCACGGACAUCAGAAUUAAUGGCUCGUUGAGCGCCAGCGAUCCGCAGGCACACCCCGUGCUGAUCAUCGGACAGCUGCGUCAUCUGAAUCUCCUGAAGUUCGACAAUCUGGCCAGCAAGCUGUGCCCACGUGUGACCGAGGAGACCUUCCUGAAUGCCAUUGCCUGUCUUCAUCCGGCGCCCACGGACAAGGUGUCGCUGUAUCUGGAUGUGGCCACAGUGGCAUCACUCCCGUUGAAGGCGUCGCGUCACAAUACCGCCUCGCGUGCCCACGCCAUCACGCGUCUGGUGAAGAACCAUGUGCUCAAUGUGAGCGAGGAGAGCGUGGUGCUGGUCUGUGAGCGCGAGAACAUCUUUGCCAGCGCCUGUGCCGUGGUGCGUGCCUUCCCGCUGUACUCCCGCAAGACGGGCAACGGCGCCCAGGCCAAGACCCCCACUGGGGAAGCUGGCGACGGGGACAACAGUCGCAACGUGGUCAACGUGGAGUUCGUUGUGAUCGACAAGGAUGGCGGCAUUGAGAGCAACCCGCUCACCCCAGAUGAGAUCAAGUGCCUGAACGAGACGGCCCGUGGCAUUCGGCUCACAGCGCGCAUUGUGGACAUGCCCUGCAACGAGAUGAAUGUCGAUCACUUUGUUCAGACCAUCGAGGAGUUGGCCCGGGAGCUGUUACUGGAGCCGCAGAUCAUCCGCGGCGAGGAGCUGCGCGAGCGCGGCUUUGGUGGCAUCUACGGUGUGGGCAAGGCAGCCGCCGUACCCCCAGCACUCGUUGUGCUCUCCCACCAGCCUAAGGGCGCCCAGGAGACCAUUGCCCUGGUGGGGAAGGGCAUCGUCUACGACACUGGCGGCCUGAGCAUCAAAGGCAAGACUGCCAUGCCGGGCAUGAAGCGUGACUGUGGCGGCGCUGCUGCCAUUCUGGGCGCCUUCUAUGCGGCAGUCAAGUGCGGUUUCAAGGACAAUCUGCACGCGGUCUUCUGCCUGGCCGAAAACUCCGUGGGACCCAAUGCCACGCGUCCCGAUGAUAUUCACACUCUGUACUCCGGCCGCACCGUUGAGAUCAACAACACGGACGCCGAGGGCCGCCUGGUGCUGGCCGAUGGCGUUUGCUUUGCCAACAAGGAUUUGAAGGCCAACAUUAUACUCGACAUGGCCACGCUGACAGGCGCUCAGGGCGUAGCAACAGGCAAAUACCAUGGCGCCAUAUUGACAAACUCGGAGACAUGGGAGGCCAAGUCGUUGCAGGCUGGACGCAAAUCUGGCGAUUUAUUGGCGCCCAUCAUUUACUGCCCCGAAUUGCAUUUCUCUGAAUUCGCAUCGGCCCUUGCCGAUAUGAAAAACUCUGUGGCGGAUCGACAGAAUGCCCAAUCCUCGUGCGCCGGCAUCUUUGUGGCCGCCCAUUUGGGCUUUGACUAUCACGGCGUUUGGAUGCACGUUGACAUGGCCACGCCCGUUCAUUGCGGAGAACGUGCCACUGGCUAUGGCGUUGCGCUGCUGCUGACGCUCUUUGGCAGCCACACAAACUCCUCGCUGCUGCAGUCCAUAGCGCCCACCGAUGAGGAGCCACCCACCAAGCGUCUGUGCCGCGAUUAGCCACAGCAACCAGCAAGUGCC